CGCCGUGAAGACGCGCUCUUCAGACCCGUCUCAUGGGGAUGCUGUUGGUGGGGAUGGGUCAAAGUUUGUCUCCCUCCUUUACCCGAGCGGUCAGACGCGUCUGGAUUCAGCACGAACAGGAACGCGGAUUUCGGCUUUUUCAUCACUGAGGCUUUUUGCAUUUAACACCGCGACAGUUUUGUGGAGUUUGCUCUUCAUUUGCGGAUUUAAACCGGUUUUCCUGGCAGGCAGAAAGGAAAACUUCACUGGGAUAGAAAAGGUAUACUUGGAAAAUAUUUGACAUUUUUUGCGCAGGACAGAUCCGAGUGCGUGUUUCUGGUCAUCCCGGCAGGAACAUUAUGGGAAUAGUGGAGUAAUUCUUGAUCGGGGCGGAGGGGAAAAGACCAGUGUUGUUUUCUCAGACAGAGCCGAGUUGAAGUGAGGGCAGAGGACGGAGCUAAAUGCGGCUGACUGGCGACCCUGCACCGGGAACCAUGAACAGCAGCGGUUCUGGCAACUUUCUGCUGGUCCCCAUACCGGAGUAUCCCCUACUGGACUGCGUGCCCAACAAGACGGUGAAGAUUGUGGUGCUGGGAGCGAACAACGUCGGGAAAACAGCUCUGAUUGUCAGAUUUCUGACCAAAAGGUUCAUUGGAGAUUAUGAAGCCAACACGGGAGCCCUAUACUCCAGAAAGGUCACACUGGAUGGGGAGGAGGUGUCACUUCAGAUCCAGGAUACACCCUGUGUCGCUCUCCAGGAUGAUGCUGAGGGCCUAUACUGCCAGGAGCAGAUCAACAGGUCAAUUUACUGGGCAGACGGUUAUGUACUGGUUUUCUCCAUCACUGACCACAACAGCUACCGCACCAUCCAGCCGCUGUACCAACACGUCAGACGCAUACACCCAUCUGGAAACAUACCUGUUAUACUGGUUGGCAACAAGAGUGACCUGCUCCGUGCCCGGCAGGUUCCUGCAGACGAAGGCGAGACAUUAGCAGCUUCAUUAGGAGGGGUUUACUUUGAGGCCUCAGCCAGAGAAAACCACGAGGGAGUCCACACUGCCUUCCUUCAUCUCUGUCAGGAGGUGAUCCGGGCACUUGGAGGAGGAAACGGAGAGAAGAGAAGAGGAGGCCUCCACCUGGCCAGACCUAAAUCUCCAAACAUGCAGGAGCUGAAGAGGAGGUUCAGACAGGUCCUCUCCUCCAAAGUGAAGUCGGCCACUACACUUUGAUCACAUGACAGGACUGAGAACACGCUGCUGUCAGACAUGUGGCAAAGAUAAGAGCCUGAAGUGGAAGAAAAAAAAAGUUCUACUUGUGAAUUUUCUUUGAUGGAAAGAUGAAGGAAAAAAGAGCCUGGAGAGUUGUUGGGAACUGAGGCUGUUGUCAUAGGCAAGAAAAGGCCCGACUGAACUUCUUUGCAGUGAUCAAAGCAUUUUAAAGAGUAGAGGCAGUCAGCGUUUAGAUGGACUCGAUAAAGGCGACGGCUCAAUGGAGCUCCUCUUUGUGUGUUUCGGACAGUGCCCAGGGUCAACACACCCUUUUCCCAGGCCGUAGUUACAACUACGAUGCUGUUCAAAGCAAACAUGUUAAAGGCUGUUAGACAAACAGCUGGUGUUAUAACACAAACGCGGCCUGUUUACUAUGAUGGGUUUAAGGAAAACCCUGACAACCUCCGACAUACCAGAACAGACCACGUCUCAGUCCUCUGGAGGCUGAGAGUUCAACUAAAGUGAAUUAACACAAGAAAUCAAUGUGUUUUAAGUUGACAUUGUUGCUUUAAACUGACCAUUUGUUCCAACCUUUCCAAAUACUUAUUUUAACGCUAGUUGUGGUUUGUUAAUUCGUGUGAGAACCAUAUUUCACUUGAAUUUGCACAAACCAAAUAAAUGAAAUGUGACUCUCCACCCUCUCUGUUGUAGAGUUUUAAUAAGAAUGUAAUCUGAACCCAAACAGGAAAUGACCCCAAACAUUCAAGGCUAUUCAGAGACGAAUCUGACAGCCAGAAGGGAAGGAACAGAACAGGAACUUAAGACAUUUAACAACACAAAACAGCCAGAAGUUCAACCUUUACAUGAUGUUUGGAAAAAAAA